AAGUGUUUAUCUUUAGUGAUGGUUUCUUUCUAUAGUAAACUAAUUCACCGGAAGUCAUUCUUCUAACACUACACUGCAACCAAGGACGCCUCGGUGUACGGGACUUAUUGAAUUGAAUAAUAUAGGCGUGGUGCGCACAGUUGGCAGUCCUGUAUAUAUAUAGUCUAUGAUGGAAACGAAUAUUGUGACCAUGAUUUUACUGGAACUGAGAAUUGAGUUACUUAAAGAACAUCGAAAUUUGUGUCGCAGUCCAAUGACCUAUUAGUUUGGAGUAUCACUGUGUACCGGUAUGUGAGUUGACUGGAAUUAUAACCCAACGCACAUCACAACAUGUAUGAAAGAUAUAAACUAUCACUCUAAGUUUCUAAAAAAAAUGGAAUUCAAAGCUAUACUAAUAAUUGAUCAGUUUUAUCAUUUCAUUGAAUCACUGAAAAAAAAAGCACAUUCUAACAUUUAGUAAAUAUUUAGUCUUAUUGUAUUGAAGCAUUUGGAAGAUAGCGUGGCAUGGCUUCUACCAGGCCUCUAUGUAGGCUUCACCUUCAUCUAUCCCUCAAGUCUUUUGGACCAUUGGGGCACCCCACAAGAUUUGUCGACUGUCUUUUUCCCAUUCUCUCUGUCCUUUGCCUUGGAUAUAUUCUCUUUCAAUGACAGGCCCGUCUAUUCUUUUAUGUUGUCUUCCUAUCGCUUUCUCUGUCUGCCUAUUCUUCUUUUUCUUGGUACUGUUUUUUUACAAUACCUCCACCAACUGACCUGCUAACUCUGUAGGCUACAAUCUGGUGUAUUCUCAUUAAAACUCCUUUCAGAGGCGGCUUUAGUGUCAUAUCAGGACCACAAAUAUUUGUACGAUAGACUGACAGUGACAAAAGAUUCUAUUUUCGAGGGGUCCCCUUAUGGCGCGGGGCCUGCAUCGGUUGCUCCUUUGCCACCCAUUUAGGCCGCCUCUGAGCCUGCAUCGGUUGCUCCUUGCCACCCAUUUCGGCCGCCUCUGCUCCUUUUAUUAGUGCGACGAUCUUUUGAAUAGGGCCUACAAUCCAAUCAGACACGACACUAUCACCAAGUUAUUUAAGGAUCGGACUUGAAUAAUUCAAAGAGAAUCGCUCAAUGAAAGACUUCCAUAACACUGGAUGGAAUCAGUUGAACAAAGCGUGGUGUGUCAUGUCAGGGUCAAAACGAUUUCGAUCUACGCCCCUCUAAGCAACAUAAAUACAUCUGUACGUUGUAGGUACCAUACUACUUGUAAUGUUUGGUUUUCAUUGUGUACUUAAUCUAGACAAGAUUCGUAUAUUUAUAAAUGCUUUCGAGCUAGUGUUUUUGAGAGAAGUGGGAUUUAUAAGACAAAACUCAAUUACAAUUAGUUGAUGUUGAGAGGUGUGUGGACUAGUAAUUGGGAACAUCUAGGGCUACUAAAUAGGGGAGUGUCUAGUUGACAAAGAAUCGAGGUAGAGAAUACGUAUUGCGCCUGGACGUGGCUAGGCUCCCACUUUUUUUUCUCUUAAAGAAAAGAGGGAAAGGAAAGGUUGGUCAUUCUACCAUGUGAUAGUAAUUACUUUUUUUAUCUCGUAGUACCGUCAUUUUGUAGCGCUCAAUCUGAUGUGUGGCUGAGACAUAUAUUUGGCACACAGCCCGUCCCAUUGGAUGCUGUUAGAUAAGAUAAGAUAAGAUAAUUUUUAUUGAUCCAAUCAAAUGGAAAUUCAGUUUGACAACAAUUGACAACCUCUGUGUCGUUUGUAAAAUAUUUCUGACAGAAAUGUUCUAGUCUUUAUUAAUCUUGACAAACGUUUUAGGGUUUGUAUCUCUAGGCCCUAGUCCUUGACCAAUGCUGUACAUUUAGUCUCAGUGUUGGAUUCAAAUGGCUUGUAGAUUUCAUAAACUGGCGUAAUGUGGGUUUAAUGAACUGUCGUUGAAGAUUUCUAGCGUUAGCUUUGUCAAUGUGUGUAGUCUUCCGGGGCUGGCGUAGUCUAGACAUACAAUGGAACUGUUUCUGAUCUUGACGCUGUGGAGACACCUGCAGUGAUCGAUAGCAUUGCAAAGAUGUGAGGAUGAAAGAUCUGGCCAGUAAUUGUAUCCAUAGAUCUGGGCGAUAGGACUCCAGAGAUGCCAUUAGAGCCUGCCCAAGGUGGUGCUAAGAAGUUUCUUUACACUGGCCCAGUCAACAGCAAAAAGUGUGAAAGUGACCAGUGGUCAUUAGGGAUUAAACCAACAAAUCAACAAAGUCCAAGAGGGUUGUCUGUUGAUUUAAACAAUGCUUGGAGUAUCAGAAAUGUUGGACUCAGCACAAGAAACACAUCAGCCAGUCACACUCAAGUAGACCUUAGUAAAAAUGUUCAGGCUGGUCUUUAUUCUCGCCAUGGAGGUUUGAAUGGGCAAAUUGGUGUAUCAAAUAAUCCAGUGGCCUCCCCUGGCAAAUCUUCAGGUGUUCAGUGGGCGAGCUCUGGACACAACUUCUCCCAAACAUCACAGAUGUUGACUGCAACAGCUGCACAAAGUUCUUCCAACUCAUCACGAAGUAGACAGCAUUUUUCCCCUUUAGAUGAUGAUACUAAUGAUUUUUGACAGUUUUUGUUGUUGUUGUUGUUUUAUUUAUUCAUUUCUAUGUGUAAAUAUUCUUUAAAUAGUGAAACUACCUGAUGAUUGGACUAAGACCAUUCGUUAUAGAAGGCCUGAACACUGCAAUGUCACAACCUGUGGGGAGUUUAGACCAAUAGCUCGCUGCCAUGUCACAGGUCUGUAUGAUGUGGCAACAAGCUAUUGGUCUUAAUAGCCCACAGGCUGUGACGUUGCAGGUGAGUGGUGAGGCCUUCUAUAAUGAAUGGUUUGACCCAGUGACUCUCUGGUACUUUAUAUAUAUAUAUAUAUAGGUAUAUAUAUAAAGGCUCUUAUGUCUAAUUCUAAUAAUUCAUUAAUACAUUUACCUAAUGCAUCCAAAUUAAAAUGCUUAAGAAAAUAUUUUUUUUAUUAAUGAUAAUGAAAAGUGAAAUAGAAUAUAUAUAGAUAUUUUAUUAUAGUAUUUCCUGAUAUAUUUACCAUCUUUUGGUUUGACUAUCAGCUGUAUAUACUCAUUUAUGUUAUCUGCAACUCCAACAAUGUAAAGUUGUUCAUAUUAGAAGUUGGGUGAAUCUAAUAUUCUUCUCUUUGGUAUUACAGCUUUCAUUGUUUAUAAUGACUUUGGUCAGAUUAGAAAUAUUGAAACAGCAAAUUUUCUGUCAAGUGCAGUCUUACCUUGAUUUCUCUGUCAAUUUAUUUCAAGCCUCCUUGUUUUAUAUCUUCCCUCACCAUUGACAAACGCAGGUUUUCCAUAGACAAACGCAGGUUUUCCAGUGCAAACAAGACCUCAUUUUAUAUCAUCUGAGAAAUAAAUUUGGAUAUCUGGAUUGUCUUUUCUUCACUCAUUGCAUUUGUUGACUUUUCCCAGAGUUCAAAUGGAUAAACUAAUACUAUAGUGUCAACAAACAAAAAGUCAAACUUUCUGUACUGUCCCCCUCUCAUCUGCUAGUUUUGAAUAUUGAUACUUGUCUAAAAUUCUUCAAUUAUGCAAGUUUCCUGAAAUGUUUCUAUUAAGUUUUUUAAAAUCAACUAAUGAUGGUGGUCAUCCAAUAACAUGCAGGAGAAUGGGCAGUGAGAAACAUUCUGCAUUUUUUUGCUGCCUAGACUCUGCCAAGAAACUCCCACUUGUUGACUUCUGGGUAUUCUUUCAUUUAACUACUGUGUUUUUGUCUGCUAAAUAAUUUUUGUGAUGCCAAUGUAAAACAAAGUUUACUCAAGAGGAUCACUUUGAUUCCUCCCCAAAAAACAGCCAGGAUCAUUGAACUUUACGAUGCUUAUAGCUUUUAAGUUUCACUUCAUCAAAAUACAUUUUUUGAUCAUUUUCAUGCACCCCUGUGAAAAGACAUAGUGUAUUGGGUGUCUUUGAUUAUAUUCUUUUUCAAAAUUUCAAACAGUAAAGUAUCUUUUUGAGGAUUCCAACUCUCACCACUUACAAUACAGUCUAUUUCAGUGGACCUUAUACUGUAAUAUUUGUUUAGGGGUUUCAAUGAUGAUUAGAGGCCUCUGACAGGUCAGUUUCAUGGAAAUGUCCUUGAUGUUUGCUGUCAGAUGAUUUGUCCAUGUCAAUAACAACUUGACAAUCUUCUGUCUGCAUUUGGUGGUAAACUAUUUUAAUUAACUGAUUGUUUGGUUUUUGCUGAUUGGGAAAGUGUUGCAAGUCAGUCAUGAUAUUUGUGUUUGGCACCAAAGCAUUUCUUUGCAAAGUUUCUCCUUUAUUGUUUCCUAUGAAAUAGAUCUUUCAAAACUGUCAGUGUUUAAUAACAAAGAUUUAUUCAAGUGAUAGACAUGAUCAAUGAAUGAUUGGCAUUGUUUUUAAUUCCAAAGAUUACAGAAGAGUGCAGUGUUUCAUAUGGCCAUGCAAACCAAGUUGUGACCUGCAUAUUUUCCCACAACUGAUGCAGACAAAGCAUAUUGAGCCUCGAAUGUUGGCAUAAAAUCAGAUUCUUGAACUUUUUUUUUAUUGCCUAAAGGCUGCCAUUGAAAAGCCUGAUAUUCUGAUGGAUGUUUUUUGUUUAUUUUUUUUUCUCUGACAUUCAAGUUUUCAAAGGCACUGUUUGUGGUUGAGGGGGAAAUUUAAUCUUAGCAUUUGGUCAGCUAAAUGUCAGGUAUUUCAUUCUUUCAUUUCAAUACAUGACAAUGUGUACACUGUACAUUCAUCGUUUCUAUUUUGCUAGAUUCUAGUACUAUGAUGGCUGUAGUCAAAAAUUCUUCUUACUCUGGUUCUUCAAGUUUUGAUGACAAGUUUGAAGAUUUUGGUAACUAUGCAAACCUGAUUUGUUGUUACUUAAAUAAGAUAGAUAAUUUUGUAUUGGUACAAUCAAAUGGAAAUUCAGCUUGACUACAAUUUGACCACCUCAGCAAAACUAACAAUAAAACUAUAGAUGCAAAUACGAACCUACAUUUACACACGAAACACAUACACACUCACUAAUAGCGCUUUGUGAAUUACGGUUCUAUGUACUUCUUGAUGAUGACUGAUGACCUUGUAACAUAUUUCAAAUCUUGAUGGUCUCUUCAGAUUCAUGCAAAUGUGUAGCAGUUAUUGUGCCUAUGCUAUUGUGUAGUAAAUAUUUUAUCACAAGAUUGUUGCAAACCUGAAGCAAUAUUUCUAUUCCUGUUAUUUUGAAGUUGUACUCUCACUUUAUUUGUAGCCUCAAAGAUAAUUCACAUUUCAGAACUUUUUUUCAGUAUUGCCUAUUACAAAUGUAUCUAAUUUAGUUUAACAAUUUCAAUGCACACUUGUAUAUGUUUUAGCAAUGGAAAAAACAGUUACUAUCUACCUAUUUGGGUCAGUAUGCUGCUCUGGAUGGAUAAGUCUGUACAUCUAAACAUGUACAAUGGGUUUCCUCAACCCUGUUGGGAAAAAAUAUUAGGGAAUAUUGUCUAUAGGCAAAGUAACACUGAGUUGUAAGGAAGAUUGGCGCUGAAUUUAUCAAGUACGUCUUUUUUGUGUGUUCAAUAGCUUGCAAAUGACAAAACUCCUAUGAUAUCGUAUUUCAAUUAAAAUGAUAAUAUAUACAGAUACCUUACAAUUUGCAAUAUAAAUUUGAAAAAAAGUAAAUAUGUAAUUUACUACUAGUAGAGAAAAAAAUACAUGAAAACUUUCACUUUAUAUACAUUAUACAUGUAUACAUUAACAAUUACAAGUAUUUAGGCAUUUUCUAUAUUUCUCCUUAUAUUUCUAAUUAUCAUUGGACAAAAUUUAUGUGUAUAAUAUAACACAUUUGUUGUUAAUGCAACUUAUCAGAAAAAGAAAUAAAUAGUCAUAGUUAUAAAUAAUAGCAAAGUCUGGACAUGAGCUGUGACAACUACUGAAUGCUAAAUUAAAAAAACAAACUUUGGUGUGAACUAUUUAUGUAUUAAUAUCAUUUUUGUUAAGUAUUAUAAUCUUUAUUUAAUCUUAAAUUCUUUGCUCUAUCUUUCAUUAAUUUUUUUUACAUAAAUUAUUCUUUCCUAUAUCAAUAUAAUUCUGUUUCCCUGACAUUGAAAAGAGAGUGCCACUAAUUAUUUACCUAUUCAGUUUGGAGAAGGUUCCAAGCUGCAUUCAGCCACUCAAUGAACACAACUUAAGCUCCCAUUCUGUUGUUCAAAAUAAAGUUUGUACUUGCUAAGGUUGAUGGAGGAUGUUUUUGUUGAUGUUUGAAUGAAUGUGAUGACUGAGAAUAUAAAGUAACUGGAAAUGAACAUUUCUCUGAGGUUAUAUUUAACUCAUUCUUUGAAUGCUAAUUAACAUAAUUGACUACACAGCAUUUGUUGUGAAGCAUUUAAAAAAAAUAUUCAUUGUACUUUGACAUUUUUAAAACUUUGAACUCCCUUCCUUUCCAUACUUUUGAUUGAAUACAGGAAUUACCUGUUUGUAAAAUGUUUGACAUGUUUCGAAUGUUCCUUCAGACUUGAAGAUAAUCUACUUCCUAAUCCAAACUUCUUGCUGGAUGACGGGGGAUGAUAGCGAGCAGGGAAUGAACCCUGGACCAUCGAGACAAUGAAUGAUAGUCCAGUGUGCACACUGCACCACCAGGCUGCCUCAUAUUUUCAGGCUGAAGUUGACAUUGUCAUUAUGUGGCCUUACAAUUGCUAUCAAUUUGUAUGCUAUGCGCACCUUGAAAUUAUCAGCAGUGUGUAAGAAAAUAUACAAUGAGGUCUAACUAAAAGUAGAUUUGCUUGUCUCAUUCAAGCACUAAGGCUAUAUUAAUGUAGGUCAGCUACAACCUCAGUUAUAGAAUCUCAGAUAACUUCAUUAUCUAGUAAAAUGUUUGUCAUAAAAAAGUUUAAAAAGUAUGAUACUUAUACACAAUGUCACUUUACCUGCUACUAGAUCAUUAUAUUCAUCAUUAUGAACUGUAAAUUUCAGUCACUUUAAUACUUUUGUACUAAUACCUCCCCCCCCCCCCUCUUUUCCAAAUUUUUUUGUCUACACAAAUCAAAAUUUGUUAUGCUUCAUUGUUAUGGUAAAAGGGAGAUUAUAAAAUGUCAACAUCAAAACUGAAAUCAAAUGUUAUCUCUCUUAGUAUUAGAUUAGCGUAAAAGGCAAAAAUAGAAAUGUAUGUUCUUACCUUCUUGAAGAAGAUUUGUGGAAAACAAACUUUAUAUUACAAUUUAAUAAAACAGAUUCACUUCAUUUACAUUUUAGCAAGAUGCUUUAAUAUGCUGUGAAAUUUUUGAAAUUGUUCAUUGACAUUAUUUGUUCAUCUUUCUUGCAACAACAUUGUGUGUUGUUAAUUACCAUUCACUUUAGUUCAUUUGUCACUUUAAACAAUGUCCUUCAUUUAAUUCAGAAAAUGUUUUCUCUUGUAUAUGAACACAAUAACUAAAUACCUAUGCCAUUGUUUUCUACAGUCCAAUGUUGUUGAUGUAUCAGUCUGCCUGUAACAAGUUUAUUGCCUCCAAUGUGUACAUUAUCUGCAACAAAGGGUAAAACUUCAGAACUACCGGUAUUUGUUACAUGUUGCAUGUUAAUGGAAACAAUAAAAAUUGAUGUACUUUUGAA